CUCACUAGUUCACACAGUUCCUGAAGGUGAAUGGGUCGGCCGAAUGAACUCCUCCAAACCACACAACCUAGAAAUUUUGUAAAUUUGUUGAAAAUUAAAGAAAUAUAACACAAAAUAUGGCUUUUUUGGCCCGAAAUUUAGUUGCACUGACGCGUCAGGCAAGGCUUCUCGAUAACUUAACACAUUCAAUGAGAUGUUUGAGUGUUACGCCACAGUUUUGUCAACAGCCCAAAUUGGAACUGCCCACCACAGCUGAUUUACAAGAAGUUUCCAAAGAAGAACAAAAGGAAUGUCAGAAAAUCUUCGACAAAGUCAACCAACAAUUGGCCAAGAAGGAAGAAGGCCGCCUCUUUGCUGUUGUCCAUUUGUGUGGUAAACAAUUUAAAAUUACACCGGGUGAUAUUAUCUUGGUCGAAGGUUAUUGGCCACCAACAAUUGGCGAUGAAAUACGUUUGGAAAAGGUAAUGUUGGCAGGUGCCAAAGAUUUUACAUUGAUUGGUGCACCGCUGCUGGAACCCGGUCUGGUCGACGUUAAGGCAACGAUUAUAGAAAAAACCUUAACACACACAAAGACCCAUUUCAAGAAGAAGAGGAGAAAGCAAUAUUUACGCAUAAAUUUCCAAAGAUCCCCCAACACUAUGAUCCGCAUCAAUUCAAUUGAAGUUAAACAACAAGUAGACAAACCCUCACCGAGUCCCAUCAAUGAAAAUAGAAUCUUCUAAGAAGAGUUAUUAGGUAGUUACAUGUUUAAGCUGGAUCACUACUGUAUUGUUGUUAUAAAUCAAUUUUUCAAAUAAAUACCGAAAAAGUUAAAGAAAGAA